GGCGGCCGGCUCGGGAGAAGAGCGGGAUGGGGUCGUCGGACAACACCGUGGGGCUGGCGCUGGCGGUCGCCUCCAGCGCCUUCGUCGGCGGCAGCUUCAUCCUCAAGAAGCUCGGCCUCAUGCGCGCCGGCAAGCUCGGCGUCAGCGCAGGUGGGGGAGGAUACACCUAUCUUCUGGAGCCUCUCUGGUGGGCUGGGUUGAUCACAAUGCUGCUCGGGGAGGUUGCGAACUGUGUUGCCUAUGUCUUCGCACCAGCUGUGCUUGUGACUCCUCUUGGAGCGUUAAGCAUAAUCGUCAGUUCGGUGUUAGCGCACUUUGUGCUGAAGGAGCACCUUAACAAGCUCGGCGUUCUUGGUUGUAUAUCGUGCAUAGUAGGUUCAGUUGUCGUUGUUCUACAUGCUCCAGAAGAGAACAUGCCCAACUCUGUAGAAGAAAUCUGGGACCUAGCUACUCAACCAGCAUUUCUAGCAUAUGCGCUAACAACAUUUGUACUCGUGGCAACAUUGGUGGUCUUCUUUGAACCUCGAUACGGUCAGAAAAAUAUCCUGAUAUACCUUGGUAUCUGCUCUACAAUGGGAUCACUAACAGUCGUUAGCAUUAAAGCUGUUGGUGUUGCCAUAAAGCUUACACUGGAUGGAACAAACCAGCUUUUUUAUCCACACACAUGGCUUUUUGUUCUGGUCACAGUUAUAUGUGGGGUUUCUCAGCUAAAUUACCUCAACAAGGCACUUGAUACCUUUGAUUUAGCGAUUGUUUCUCCUGUUUAUUAUGUACUGUUUACCACCCUUACAAUAGUGGCGAAUGGAAUUAUGUUCAAGGAUGGGGCUGACCAAAGCUUAAGUAGCAUUGCUUCUGAAUGUUGCGGCCUAAUAACAAUCCUUACUGGAACAAUUUUGCUGCACGCAGCAAAGGAGAAAAAAGCUGCCAGUCAUGCAGCAUCUCCGUGGCCUCUGGAUAGAGGGAUAUCCUGGUACAUCAGCUUAGGUAGCGAAAAUCUACUGAGGAAUGUCGAAGAUGACUACUUUGCAGCUCCACAAAGUUCACCUACCCCAGUUUGAUAACACAUUCAGAAUUAAUUCUCAGUACUUUCACCACGGACAUUUGUACAAAGGAAAGUACGUGAAUCGCAGCGGAGUCUUAGCAGUGCCAACAUUCUGGCAGUUUUGGUUGAGAAGGUGAAGAUUUCAUCAGCCAUUCUUUCGGUGUACAUAGGGACUUGUAGAUGUCAGAAACAUUUGAUGUUAGGAAUCAGAUAGGCCAUACUAUCCAAUUCCAAUCCGUAACUUGUUUGUUGGUGAGUGGUGAGCAGGUGGCAUUUGUGUGCCUGCAGGUUGUGCAUUAUGUAACUGCUUGUUCUUCUUCAAACUAGGUUCCAGUGAAACAACAAUGUAUGAUUUCAGUGUCAUUGUUAAGCUUAAAUUUCGUUGAGCA